GCACGUGGCAAAGUCCCAGGUCAGCCCCAUCACGUCCCGCCAGAGGGAUUCGCGAAAAUAAAAACCCAUUAUGCAUGGCACCUGAGCGGGCAGGCGGCACCCAAGCGAAGCUUCCCGUUUCCAGAGUCUAUUAUUGUGUUGUUCCGUGGAUUGUUUGGUGCGGCCCGUAUUCCAGGCGCGCUGGCGGGCGGGCCAGACAGGUUCGUUUCACAAGCCUUUGGACGGUGAAACCUCGCGGGGGUGGGUUGUUGACCUCAUGCAGCUACCCUUCCCAGGCGGCCGGCGUGCUGGGAUCCAUUCAAAGGCUCUGGGCCACGCCUUUAUUAAACCUUGGGCGGCGGGAAAGGUGGCCGUGGUGCUACAUCCCCACGAGGGACGGGCUCCUUGGCUGGGGCACCUAAUAAACCAUCGGCUCGGCCACCUGAGACCAGGAGUGUACAGACAGGCCUCUCAGAGCUCCGCCUGGCGCGGCUCAAACUCGCCAGGAACCAGACUCUCUGCCGCCCGCAGCGGCCUUGACCCGUAGCACACACAUCAUAGAGCACAUAUUAAUUGCCAGAAGCUUUAAGCUUGGUGGCAGGCCGCGGCUGUCUGGCCGUUGUUGGCGCAGUUCCCUUCUGUCGACAAAUUCGAUUUGCAGACUCACACCGCCCAGCCCUGUUUCCAGCCUUUGGUUCCUGUUCCGACGGGGGCCCAGACACCCAGAUUUGAGUUAGUGCCUCGUCCAGCUGGCACUGGAUGGAGUCUUGGUGGUGGCUCUUGAGACUGCAAGACUGCCUGCCGGCCCGGCCACCUGCCUGCCUGGACCCUCCCAUUGCCUUUCGCAGCGGACAUCGGCCUGACGGGUCGGAGAGCGAAGGUGAGAAAAGUGAGGCGGCGCCUGGCAAGCAAGCCCAACAAAGCAACACAGCAACAACACUGAGGAACCAAAAAUGGGGGAGGAAUUCCCGUUCCAGGCCGCUCCCGGACGCUGCCCGACGCCCUAUGGCCCUCGAGUUCAGGCAAAUAGAGAAAAGUGCAGCCAGCUGGCCACCGAGUUCUUCAAAAACGGCGUCGCAAGAGCCCGAGAACGCCACCUACGACAAGAGCGGCUGAACCAGCAACUGGCCAAUGCCGAGGCGUCGCCUCAGAAGCAAAGUCAACUUUGGUCCAACACGGGAAAGCUCGAGGCACAAUACCUGCGCUUCCUGCGGACACCCAACACCACCAAUGACUAUGAGACCAUCAAGCUCAUCGGCAAGGGGGCGUUUGGGGAGGUGAAGCUGGUGCGGCGCAGGCAGACGGGCAAAGUAUACGCGCUCAAGUCCCUCCUCAAGAGCCAGACGGUGACGCAGCUGCAGGAGGCGCGGGUGCGGGCCGAGCGGGACAUACUGGUCGAGUCCAACAGCCCGUGGGUGGUGAAGCUGUACAUGACGUUCCAGGAUGCGUCCUUCCUGUACAUGCUCAUGGAGUUCCUCCCCGGCGGCGACCUCAUGACCAUGCUGAUCAAGUACGAGGUCUUCACCGAGGACAUCACGCGCUUCUACGUGGCCGAGAUGGUCAUGGCCAUAGAGGCCGUGCACGACCUCGGCUUCAUCCACCGCGACAUCAAGCCCGACAACAUCCUGCUGGACCGCGGCGGCCACGUCAAGCUGACCGACUUUGGCCUGUCGACGGGCUUCCGCAAGACCCACGACAGCAGCUACUACCGCCAGCUGCUAAAGUCGGCCGCGGCCGGCAUGGCGGCCGACGAAUGGGGCGGCGGCGGCAGCGGCGGCGGCGAACCGGACCCGGACCCCCGGCGGCGCGAGUCGGUCAACCUGGACCAGAUCAACAUGACGGUUAGCAACCGCGGGCAGAUCAACGAGUGGCGGCGCUCCCGCCGCGCCAUGGCCUACUCGGCCGUCGGCACGCCCGACUACAUCGCGCCCGAGCUCAUCCGGGGCGCCGGCUACACGCGCUCCAUCGACUGGUGGUCCCUGGGCGCCAUCACGUACGAGAGCCUGAUAGGCUGGGCGCCCUUCGCCUCCGAGGUGGCGCGCGACACCUACGUCAAAAUCUCAAACUGGCCGCAGCACCUGUACUUCCCCGACGACGUGCAGAUGAGCCGGAGCGCCGAGAACCUGAUACGGAGCCUCAUGUGCGAACCAGAAAACCGGCUCGGGCGGGAGGGCGCGGCCGAGAUCAAGAAGCAUUCCUUCUUCAACGGCGUCGACUUUGAGGGCCUCCGCCGCAUAGCCGCCCCGUUCAAGCCCCACCUGACCUCAGAGACUGACACGGCGCACUUCCCGUCCGAGGAGGAGCUGGAGCGCAACGCCCUCCAGAUGACGGGCGCCGGCCCCCAGUCCACGGCCGCCGCCGCUGCUGCUGCUGCUGCUGUGGCGGCGGCGGUGGCGGCGAGCGACGGCGGCCCGACCAGCCCCAUCGCCGACGCGCCCGAGAUGACGCUGCCUUUUCUCGGCUACACGUUCAAGCGGUUCGAGGACAACCUGGCGGGCAUGCACUGAGGGAGUGCAUACAAUUCUCUACUUGGGUCUUUUGUUUUCAGUCCAUUUUCAAUAUGGGAAACGUCUGUACCAAGCGGGAAUGUUCUCUUUUCUGAAACAGAUGGGGUCGUCCCCCGAGGUCCGUGACAUACGAUACCAGAGGUUGAGAAUCUAUAUGUAUUUGGGAGACGGUUCCGAUGCCAUUCCGCUCACUCCUGUGCUUUAGAAGGCCUUUUUAGUGCUCUCUUGCGGGGGAGGGGGAUUCGCAUUAGCGCCGGCACGUCCAGGUCCUGUCUAAGCGGCUGGUUGAUCUCAUCAUAUGGAGGUUCAAUUGCUUCAACACGCGGUUGAGAUUCAUUGACUUGGGAAAGGGUUGGGUUUUGCGGAUAUUUUGCACACCACGCGCAGCAUAGCCAGAGCAUUCAUGUCCUUUGAUUCACUCGUCUGAGCAUUGGCAAACACCAACGAUAUGAUGUGAGCCGGGCCAUACAGCCCGCCCUGCCAAAGUGCCGGGUAAGAAGAGUAUGGGGGCCUGAAGAAUCCCCUCCCUGGUUCGAGGACCACCAGGAAUUAGGUCGGUACGCACCUACCCUGGCAAAGGAGAAGAAACAAGCAGAAGCCAGAUUCUUAUCGAAAGACUUCUGUCAUGUUGGUACCUUCUCCAGUCACUUUAUACACAGCAUGCUUUUCGAAUAAUCUUCAACCAUAUCGUGAGCACUCGGUCAACAUGCCGCCUGUUAUAAAUCUCCCAUCAGUCCAGAUAUAUAAACAGCACAGUUUCCUCG